GACAGUUAUCCAGCUCGUGUACGAAAUAUCCUCAUUAUUGCAGCACCUUUCUGGUUUCGUCCGCCUUACCACCUCUCCAGACUUUUUGUCAAGGACAAAAUUCGAGAACGCAUAUUUGCCAUCGAACGUCGCCAAUUGAUCAAUUUCCUGCCAAUAGCAAGCAUCCCUCAAGGUCUUGGGGGCACUCUCUCCCAUCGCCAUAUUGAUUGGCUGCGCACCUGUUUCGAUCGAUUGGGCUCCUCAGUAUUGAGCAAUGGCAAAGAAGAGGAUUACUUUAAUCCAAUGAAAGUCCUCCCACCCAGUUUUAUGCUCAGUCGUCGAUUGUCUUUCACACAACCCCAUCAUCAGUUUACACUGGAUCGAUAUGAUAUCCAGAGGAACCAGGUUCAUCAUUUCCCACAUCAACGAGUAGUUGCCCAUGGAAUGAAUGGAAAUCGAACUAUCUCGACUAAUUCAGUGAGAAAAGAUACAACCGCCUGGACAUACAAUCGACUCCUACGACCAGGAGCUCCCAAAAACCAUUUGAAUAGUAUCUCUCUUUCUGACGACGAAGACAACAGUCACAAUUCUCUUAAGCACUCCAUCACAUCCUCCCUUAUAGUUACCAAUAAUAAUAAUAAUAAUAAGCUCAACAGCAACGGUUCCUCUAAGGAAGUCGUUGCACCACCUUCUACAGCCACUUCUCUCACCUCCCCCACCCGCAUCUCUGUGGAUCAAUUCCUCUCCGAAUUUCCGCGCAAAUUUCCCUCCACAUUUGAGCGAGAAUUCGAGGUGUCUAUCAGACCUAUUGGGAGUAAUUGCCCCACUUCUGCUGUGAAUGGAAACUCUGCCAUGACAUCUACAACUCGAUUCUCAGAUCGGGCUAAUUAUGCGAAAAAUCGAUAUGUUGAUGUGCCUUGCUUGGACCACUCGGCGGUCAUUCUACCCGGGGAUGGAUACAUCCAUGCUAAUUACGUGGAUGGAUAUCUCAAGAGAAAGGCAUACAUUCUUACUCAGGAUCCGCUAACUCUUUGGACUGUCGAUGCUGCAACCGUCUUCCAAUUUAUUGUGUGCAAUUGUAGCCAUUCCCUAGUCCUAUCUUCAAUGGGGAAACCUCAUAUUUGUUGGAAUUGCCGCCGAGAAUACCGUUCGCGAAAUCUUGUGAAAUCUCCUCGGGUCGUUGAAAAUAUUCGCUUCCCUUUUCAACUGCAAACUUUAUUGCUGAGUCGAGCGACGUUUCGUUUUGCCGCUUUUAAAUGUGUUCUGGCUAAGGAUCUUCUUGUCAGCAUUGACCUAGGUUGUAACAGAGAAGAGAUCACGCGUGUCUAG